GAUUCGGUUCACUCUGCUUUCACUCAAUCAACAAGCUGUGCGUUUUCCGAGAGGUUCUGGCAGGUUAACGGCAGAAAAAAACAAUCCUAUCACUGAUGAGAAGAAAUGGAGUUGGGGAAAUUGAACCGAGCCUCUGCAACCACACGGUAACGCGAGCGUCGAUGAGGAAAGGACUAAAUAAUGGCUGCUCCCGACCUCCUUGAUCCUAAAACAGCCACUCACAACUCCAAACCACGCCUGUCGUUCUCAGCUCAGCCUGUGUUGCUGAAGUCUCCGGAUGACUUUGAGCCUCGUGUGACUGUUAUGCGCUGGAAAACAGUGCUGAGCGUCUUCCUGCUGGUGGUACUGUACUUGAUCGUCGGAGCAACUGUGUUUAAAGAGCUGGAGCAGCCCCAUGAGAUGUCCCAGAAACUGGCCAUCCUGGUGGAAAAACUGGAAUUCCUUGAGCAGCAUCCAUGUGUCAACUCAUCAGACCUGGAAAACUUAGUGAAGCAAGUGGUGUCAGCGUUACGAGCAGGAGUGAACCCUUCAGGAAACUCAUCCAAUCAGAGCAGUUUAUGGGAUCUUAGCAACUCCUUCUUCUUCGCUGGAACAGUUAUUACAACCAUAGGAUUUGGGAAUAUCUCACCUCACACAGAGGGUGGACGCAUCUUCUGUAUUAUCUAUGCCCUGUUGGGAAUUCCUCUGUUUGGGUUCUUGCUGGCAGGAGUGGGAGAUCAGCUUGGAACAAUCUUCGGAAAGGCAAUUGCUAAAGUGGAGGGAAUGAUUGAUAAGUGGAAUGUGAGUCAAACCAAGAUCCGUGUGAUUUCUACCGUUCUUUUCAUUUUGUUUGGUUGUCUCCUCUUCGUCACCCUGCCGGCCAUCAUAUUCAAACACAUUGAGGGCUGGAGUGCACUGGAGUCCAUCUACUUUGUCGUCAUUACCUUGACAACCAUCGGCUUUGGAGAUUUUGUCGCGGGCGAGGGUGAGCGACGCCAGCAUGAAGAGAACAGUGGUGGUUCUGAGUUGGAGUACCUGGACUACUACAAGCCCCUGGUGUGGUUCUGGAUCCUGAUUGGUUUAGCAUACUUCGCUGCUGUUCUCAGUAUGAUUGGAGACUGGUUUCGUGUCAUAUCCAAGAAAACAAAAGAGGAGGUAGGAGAAUUUCGAGCUCAUGCCGCUGAAUGGACUGCUAAUGUGUCUGCUGAGUUUAAAGAGACACGCCGGCGAUUGAGUGUCGACAUUUACGACAAAUUCCAGCGUGCUGCAUCUAUCAAGCGCAAACUGUCUGCUGAAAUGAACCUUAGCCCACCUGUCAAUCCUCAGAUGACACCAGGGAAACGUGCACAUUCAGUUAACCUUGGAGAUGAGAGAGAGAUGUAUCCCUACACGCUUGCGAGAAACGGAAGCUUAUUCCUCAACGGUCUCAUCCCGGAUUAUGCUGACCAUCGGGAUAUCACUAAAACACAAACAAAAUGAACUGGAAUUAAAGAUGUUCACUGUGAAAAGUUCAGGUGGUUCUGUGGAAAGAUAAGAUUUUCAGAAAAAAGAAUACAAUGACAGAAAAAAUAAGGGGGCAAAAUAAAGACUUCACAUUUUAUAUAAAGAAAAUAUGCCCUAACUUUUAGUGUGGACAAAAAUCAUUGUUUUCCAUUAACAGCCAUGCAGAAGUAGCCAUGUCUUCUGAUUAAUAAUUUUGUUAGCCACGUAUAACAAGUUUUUUAAAUUUGUAUGAUUACACAUCAACAUAAUGUAGAUGUUUCACAAGCUUUCUGUGGCAAGGCUCUACAAGGCAUGACAGUCUUUUUGCUGCAAGAAUGGGCUAAGAUAGACAGCCGAGCAACUGCGAUUGAAAUAAAAGGGAAUGCUAAUGGAGAGCUCUCUUGAGCACACUACAAGACUAUAUCUACAAAGCCUGACUUUUGGUUCUGCCAGCUUAAUGAAGUCACAACCAGAAGAGACACAGUCGACAGGUAGGUGUACCUGACUAAAGCAGUCCUGCUGUCAGUCAUGUCAAAAUGAUCAUAUUUAUGAGAUGAGCACACAUGAACAUCACCACAAUGUCUUAAUUCCCAGUGACAGAGACUUCUUUAAGGACAGUUUUUACCCUCCUAAGAAAAAAGGAUCACACAUUGGCUGCUGGCUGGUUUUAUUUUAUUUAUUUAAUUAUUUUUAGAUCUUAUAGGUGAUAAAUUCUGUUUCACAAUUAUUUGUACACUCUCAAAAAAAGGUACAAAAGGGAUCACUGGGGCAAUACCCUUUCAAAAGGUACUGAUAUCAUAUUGUUAUAUUUAUACUUGACUUGCUAAAAUGUACAUUUAAGCUAAUUAAAUACACCCUUUAGGGGUUAAUAAGGAAACACUGUGUAUCCCUAUAAGCCACUAUAUACUACACAAAUUUGACUCGACUUAAUGCAUACAGUCAAAGACACCCAUUACUCUUUUAAACGUUUUAUGGUCUCACUCAUUUAAUUUGUGUGUGUGUGUGUUUGUUCAAUAUUGUUGAUGAUACAUAGAUUUCACUCAAAAUAAUUAAAAACAAUGUCUCUGCCUUACAGUCCUUCCCAAUGAUUUCCUAUGAUUCACCUUUGACCACAGGCAGCCAAUGUGUGCCUUUUUUAUGACCACUCAUCAAAUUGAAGGCUUCUCUGUCUCUCUCUCUCUCUCUCUCUCUCUCUCUCUCUCCCACUCUCCCCAGAUUGUGUAUUUAUAAAAAGUAACCAAGUUUUGGUCU